AUGGCUGGCAGACACGUCUUGCCAACGCAGCUUCGAGGUGUCUCAUCGGUAGCCACCGUAAGAGCUUCGACAGCUUCUUUAUCAUUCUCCAGGCGGUUCUCCGCAGAUUGUCCUCGCAACCAGACAUCGGCAUCUACGUCCAAGGUACAAGAUAAAAAGACCAAAGAUGAAAAUGAAGAGGGGCGAGAUAAUGCUAUGACGCGCCGUUUGGAGCAGAUGACCGAAGAUGCCAUGCUAGAAGGUGGACGUUCAGCCCGCCGUAACAUCGAGCAUGCCGGGUUUUCGGAAGAAUUGAAGAAACAGCUCGAAGAGCGAAUAGCUGCAGCUUCAUUCAAGAGCGAGCACGCUGCAGCUCACUCGAUAGUUGAUAUGCCCGCUGGUGCAGGCCAAGGCACAAGAGAAAUGGCUGCUGCUCCUACAUGGACCGGAGAGGAAAGAAUGGAAGAUACGACAUUGCGCAUGCUAGACGACGCAAGCAAGCCAAUCCGCAUGCCCUACAAAAUCCCCCAACCAGUCAACCUCCAGCCAGCCUCACAACCAAAGAAAUCCCAUGGCCAACGCUUAGCAUCGGCAAAGGAGCGCACAUCCACUUAUGCAUUGUCCCAGGGACCCGGUCUUUCAGAAGAAGAGCGCGAGAAAAUGCGCCAACAAAUGCGCGAGAAUCUAUCACCAGGCGCGCGAAGCAUGCCAAUCUCCAUCUCAGGUCUGUCAUCGCUGGCAGACGAACGAAUCGAAGACGCUAUUGCCCGCGGACAAUUCAAGUCCAUCCCUCGAGGCAAAGGCGUCAACACCGAGACAGAUCAUAAUGCGAAUAGCGCAUUCAUCGAUACAACCGAAUACUUUAUGAAUAAGAUCAUCCAACAACAAUCAAUUGUACCACCAUGGAUCGAAAAACAACAACAACUAGCCUCGGAAACAAGUCGCUUCCGUGGCCGUCUGCGCGCAGACUGGAAGAGACAUGCUGCCAUGUUAAUCUCCAGCAAAGGCGGAUCCCUAGAGGCACAAAUGAACCGCGCAAAAGCAUACGCAGCCGCCGAGAAAAGGCUAGCCGAAAAAGCCCAGCUGGAAGCUUCGCUGCGUGAACAACCAUCUGUUUCUGAGAUCAACGCCGAUGGCCGCAUAGUUCAGAAAGCCGAGUCAUCGCCAUCUUCAUCUACAAGCAACGAAGGCGACGAAGAACCGGCUGAGAAUCUUGCUCAUCUGUCGCCGCUGCGCGAUCCCAACUAUCUCGCUAUCGAGCGUGCUUAUCAUGAACUUGCUGUGAAACAGAUCAAUUCCCUUGCACGUUCAUAUAAUCUCCAGGCUCCGCCCAGCGCUCGAAAGGGUUAUCUUGAUCUCGAGCGAGAGCUUAAAGCGUGCUUUGCGGAUGUUGCGCCUCAGCUGGCGGAGGAGAUCAGACGCCGGGCGACUGAGCGCGCUCGUCCGUCGUCGAGCGUUGCGCCGGCCUCAACAUCGCUUGGGUCUUUAGGCAUGGCACAGUCUGCGCGGGUCCGUGAUGAGGAUAAGGCGAAGGGGUAUGGCAUGAAGGAGCUGUGGAGGGAUUUAUUCGCCAAGUAA